CUUUGUUAAAUUUUUGUUUAUUCUAACAAAUAAUUUUGUAUCACCUAAAAUAAUAAUAUUUUUUUAUUUUUUAAUUUUUUAUAUUGUGUGUGUUUCUUUUUUUUUUUUUUUUACAAAGAGAAAAAGUGAAAAUUUUUAUCAUUAUUUAUUUUAAAAUAAUUUCGUGCACACUACAGAUAAAAUAAAGCUAUUAUUUUAAAGAUAAUAGUUUUUUUAAAAAAAAGCCAAUAUAAAAUAUUUCUAAUAAUUAUUUUAUAAUAUAAAACAAAUAAAUAACAAUAUAAAAACUAAAAUGAAACUAAUAAUAAAAUUAAUAUUAAUAGUGUUAAUAUUUAAUAAUAUAACGAUUCUAGUAAAUAGUACCAAUAGCAAUAGCAAUAAUAAUAAUAAUAAUAAUAAUAAUAAUAAUAAUAAUAAUAAUAAUAAUAAUAAAUACCAUAAUGGCAAAAAUGACAAAUAUAGCAAUCAAAGAGAAGAUGAUAAACUAGAUAUGGAUUCACAUGCAUUUAAUAGCUAUAGCACAACUAAACAAUAUACAACCUUAUUCCAACAAAUUUCAGAUAGAAUAUUUUAUCACGGUGAUUAUUAUAGCGAUUUAUCAACAGCAAUUACACAAUUUGGUAACUUUAUAGGAAGUCUUAAAAGCGGCUCUUUUAAAAACUCAUUAAAGUCACGUAAACAUACAACUAAAGAAACUAAUGAAAACAAUGAAGAAUCAUCAUAUUUUACACCAUCACCUUUAUUAUCACCAAGCACAUUUUUGCAACAACAAAGAAUAGAAAUGUUACAACAAAAACAACAAAAACACAACUAUCAAACCCAACACCAAUAUAAAACAUUAGAUAAAAAAUCUAUUACCGAAAGAGAUGCAAGUUUAACCUUAGGUGAACACCCAAUAAACGAUGGUUUAGAAGAAUGGUUCAAAAACAAUAAACCCCAAAAACUCCUAUUAGAGAAAAAAGAAUCACAACUUAAAAACAAUCUUCUUCAUGGUACAAAUGUUGCCUCUGUUUGCAACUCUGGUGUAGUAGUCAAAGACGAUGUUUCAGUUAAUACAUGUAAAGGUGAAACAUGUUAUAUCAACGAGAUGAAUUGUAAUGGCAAAAACAUUCUGUCAAUAACUUUAACCUCAUACGACAAAACUAUCAAUUAUGAUCUAUGUCAAUUUACGUCUGUAAAUACUUUUGCAUUCCAAUGUAAAAACCAAGCAUUAUUCUGUAAUGGUAAAGCUAUACCACCAGCUGACUAUCCAUCAUAUGCCGAGCCAAUUAAAAACGGUGAAUGUAAUAUACAAAACGUUGAAUGUACAGGCCCAACUGAUAAAAUUAUGACAUUAUCACUUAAUUGUCAAGGUGGAACAAACUGUACACUAACUAGUUCAUCCUCAACUGCAAUUCUCAAUUGUGUUAGAAAUGUUCCACAACAAAACUGUGACUGUCCAAUGGAUUUUAUGGGUACCAAUUGUCAAGAAUCAACACCUAUCAUCUGUGAUUUAAAUUUAAUGGAUCCAAAGGCAAACUGCUCUGGUGAUUUUAUCCUAUCAAAAACCCAUUGCUUCACCUAUGGAAUGGAUGAUUCACCAAUAUUUAGAUUUUUAUUAGAUUGUUACUUUGCCGUAAACAAUCCCGAACCAGAAACCAAAUUUAAAUAUUGGAUUGAUCAACCAAAUUUCAAAAUUUCAAAUCCUGUAGAAUGGAAUUUCAAGAACGAAUUUAUUAAUUUUUAUAGAUUAUUCAAUACAUCACAAUCUAUAGAUUUUAAACUAAGUAAAGAACAAAUGACAGGUAAUGAACUCAUCCUAUUCAAAUCACCAAAACUCUCAUCUAUCGAUCCUCAAUAUUUUAUUGCAAAGAGAAUUUAUGCUGAACUUUCAUUAGUCACACCUGCCAAUGUAACUAUAACAACCUCUCCAACCCUCACCUCAACUUUACAAAGAUUUUUUAUUUAUGUUCCCGAAUACCCAGUUCAAAUCCACACCUCUGAGUCAAUGUCAAAAGCAAAAUUAGCUUUAAUUAUUGUUGGAAGUAUUUUAGGUUUUAUACUCCUUGUAGCAGCAUUUAUAUUUUACAGAAAUAAAUUAAAAAUAAAUUAAAUUCGGUGCACCAAUAGAAAAAAUAAAAAAUAAAAAAAAAUAAAAAAUAAAAAAUAAAAGUUAAAUAUACAAAUUUAUAACUACUAAUAAUUUAU